UGGUCUGCAGUUCCUUGCCAGCUAAAGUUCUCUUUUGCACCCCCGUGUCUUGUGGGUCGGUUGAAGGGCUUCUGAGCAGGAAAAGAGACACCUGACUCCCCACAAUGGCAGCAAUUCUCCUCCGGUCACUUUCGAACAAGAAGGCACCCCUCCAGCUGGGUCGCAUGUGUUACUCCUCCUCCUCAGUGCCCACCGCCAAGCUGUUCAUUGACGGCAAGUUUGUCGAGUCCAACACUUCUGAAUGGCUUGACAUUCACAACCCCGCCACUAAUGAGGUGGUGGGACGCGUUCCCAAAGCUACCCAGGGGGAAAUGCUGGCAGCUGUCAACUCCUGCUCCAAAGCCUUCCACUCCUGGUCUGAGACCUCCAUCCUCAGCAGGCAGCAGAUCUUCCUUCGCUACCAGCAGCUCAUCAAGGAUAACAUUAAAGAAUUGGCUAAGAGUAUCACGCUGGAGCAGGGCAAAACUCUUGCUGAUGCAGAGGGAGAUGUAUAUAGAGGACUGCAGGUGGUCGAGCACGCCUGCAGCAUUACAUCCCUCAUGCUGGGGGAAACCUUACCCUCCAUCACCAAGGACAUGGACACUUACACCUACCGGCUGCCCAUCGGUGUGUGUGCUGGCAUCGCCCCUUUUAAUUUCCCCGCCAUGAUUCCUUUGUGGAUGUUUCCCAUCGGCAUGGUAUGUGGUAACACCUACCUGAUGAAGCCCUCUGAACGGGUCCCAGGAUGCACCAUGCUCUUGGCCAAAAUGCUCCAGGAUGCUGGGGCACCAGAUGGUACACUCAACAUCAUCCACGGCCAGCACGCAGCCGUGAACUUCAUCUGUGACCAUCCUGCCAUCAAAGCCAUCAGCUUCGUUGGAUCCAACCAGGCUGGCGAGUACAUCUACGAGCGGGGCUCCAAGAACGGCAAGAGAGUGCAGUCCAACAUGGGUGCCAAGAACCAUGGUGUGGUGAUGCCUGAUGCCAACAAAGAGAACACCCUCAACCAGCUGGUGGGUGCUGCUUUUGGAGCAGCUGGCCAGCGCUGCAUGGCUCUCUCCACUGCUAUUUUUGUAGGGGAGUCUCGUGAAUGGCUCCCAGAGCUGGUGGAGCGCUCCAAAUCACUGCGUGUAAAUGCAGGUGAUCAGCCUGGGGCAGAUGUGGGUCCCCUGAUCUCUCCGGAGGCCAAGGCCAGGGUGGAGACUUUGAUUCAGAGUGGAGUGAAUGAGGGUGCCAAGCUGCUGCUGGAUGGGAGAAAUGUCAACGUCAAAGGAUAUGAAAAUGGAAACUUUGUAGGACCCACCAUUUUGGGCAAUGUCACGCCGGACAUGACAUGUUACAGGGAGGAGAUCUUCGGACCAGUGCUUGUCGUCCUGGAGGCUGACAGUCUUGACGAUGCAAUUUCUUUAAUCAACAACAACCCCUACGGCAAUGGCACCGCCAUCUUCACCACCAAUGGAGCCACAGCACGCAAAUACACACAUGAAGUGGAUGUUGGCCAGAUCGGCGUGAAUGUGCCCAUCCCGGUUCCCCUUCCCAUGUUUUCCUUCACCGGUUCCAGAGGCUCAUUCAGAGGAGACACCAACUUCUAUGGCAAGCAGGGCAUCCAGUUCUACACUCAGAUCAAGACGGUGACAUCACAGUGGAAGGCUGAGGAUGCUACUGUGACAAGCCCAGCUGUUACCAUGCCAACCAUGGGACGCUAAGCUAAAAUGACAGUACAUCCAGCAUAACCUUCAGUGACUUCUCAUAUGCCUUAAGAAGAAUCCUGUGGAGGGGAUGGCAAAAAAAGUUACCUGGUAUUUUUACUGUGGGGGGAUAAUUAGUCGGUGAUUGUUUAAACUCUGAACAUCCUGGACACUGUUGUAGCAAAAACUCAAACUCUACACCUCCUACGGAGAAGGUGAAGAUGACUUGCACUUUUGCCAUGAAUGGUGCAGUCAGUCUUCACGGGUGUGUUGUAUUUUGUACCCGUUUUCUCCCUCUCACUUCCUGUACUGACCGGAGAGAGUUAAUCAUGAUCAUGAUAUCACAUUUCUGAAAACCUACAGGAGAAAUCAAAAAGAUCAGGGAUGCUGCUUCUUAGCAGUCACAGUAAACGUCUUCCACUAGUGUUCUCUGUGGUCCUGUAACUUGUUCUGUUUAUCAGAGCACUGUGUAGAUACUUGAAAAGUAGAUAUAAAUGGAUCAAAUGUUACAAUAGAACAUGGACACACCCACUCUCUCUCUCCGUCACUCCAUUAAGACUGAAAAUGUGGUCGCAGCUCUUGUACUCUCACUGUGUAUCCUGUACUGUGAAGUGUUGUACUUGGCGUGUCUCCUGUGUAGGAUAGAGGUUUAGUUUUGUACUUACUGUAUUCAGAGUGAUACUUUUUUUCCCUGGUCAUGAAUGGUAUAGAAAUUAAAUUGCAGUGUUUUACAUGUUAUGAACUUGGAAUCUGGUAUGUUUAUAGGUCAGUAAUGAUGAAAUUGCGGGGAUGAAACUGUUUGUAUUUGCGCUGCUAGACACAUUUUCAUCCAGAGUGUGAAAGCUACUUCAAACUUUGUCCCCUUCACCUCUCUCUUACGUCUUGAUGGUGCAGAUUAAGAGACACGUAUUUGAGCCUAUAUUUCAUUGUUUCAAUAAAGACUAGUUUGACUCAA